GACCCGUCGAAGCAGAACCUGGCGCAGGUCACGGCCUCGAUCCAGAGGACCCUGGGCCUGCUCCACCAGCUCAACCUCAACGUCUCCUCCUUCAGCUCCGCGUCCCAGCUCCCCCUCCUCCAGCGCCUGAACGCGCUGGUGGCGGAGCUCGACACGAUGCAGAAGCUCGCCGAAGGGUGCAACAUCCAGGUGCCCAUGGAGGUCGUCAAUUUGAUCGAUGACGGGAAGAACCCCGAUGAGUUCACCCGGGACGUGCUCAACAGCUGCAUCGCCAAGAACCAGAUCACCAAGGGCAAGACCGAUGCUUUCAAGAGUCUAAGGAAGCAUCUUCUAGAGGAGCUUGAAGAAGCUUUUCCUGAAGACAUUGAAGCAUACAGGCAGAUACGUGCUACUUCUGCCGCUGAAUCAAAGCGGUUGGCUCAGUCGCAAAAUGUUUUGCCUAAUGGAGAUUCCAAUGUGAAAGCUGAGCACUGACAUAAGGACGCAAGCCGCAAAGAGCAAGAAGCCCUGUAGCUCUCCUAUGCUUACAGUGUGAGGAAGGCCCUGGGAACAAACAACUGAUACUAUAUAUCCUUGUACGCACUGGCCUUUUAUAGGAGGGAUCAAUAGUACAUCUGUAUAUUAUGUCACAAUACUAUAUUCAACUUCCCAUUUGUUGUAGUCAAUGCUACUCAGCUAGAUUUGCCGUGUUUUUGUCUAUGUAGCCAUCAUCAGCCAGAGUUGGUAAUUCGGGUGCCUCUUUAUAAAUGGGUUAUGGUGCUA